AUUUUAGCUUCUGAAACCAGAGUACCUCAAAGGAUAUAAUUAUGGCAGGAAACGACAGAGUAUCUUUAAAUGAUGCUCUGUCUAAUGUUGAAGUUUUGGAUGAAUUACCUUUACCUGAUGAGCAGCCCUGCAUUGAAGCCCAACCAUGUUCAGUGGUUUACCAGGCUAAUUUUGAUACUAAUUUUGAAGAUCGAAAUGGUUUUGUUACAGGAAUUGCGAAAUAUAUAGAGGAGGCAACUGUUCACGCGAGUUUGAAUGAGCUUUUAGAUGAAGGACAGGAACAUGCUGUUAUGCUAUAUACAUGGCGUUGUUGCUCCAGAGCUAUACCACAACCAAAAUCCAACGAGCAACCCAAUAGAGUUGAAAUCUAUGAGAAAACAGUGGAAGUACUAGCUCCAGAAGUUAAUAAACUGUUGAAUUUCAUGUACUUUCAGGUACAAAAAUUAUGUUUAUCCUUUAUUUGUUUAUGGAAGAUUGUUUUGUUUAUUAUGCCAAGCAAUGAUAAAUAUUUGUUUAAAUGGCUCUUGCUAGUGUUUAAAAAUUUUUUUAUUACCUCAUGUAUUCUUGUAUG